AUGACUUCAACUUUUUUAAUCAAACACAAAUCAGGCGGAAAGUUUAUACAUCCGAAAGGUGGAGAUAGUCACCCCAGUAAUGGCACAAAAUUGCUUCUUCAUCAAGAUAUACACGACAAAAUGUAUUUUAAGUUCGAUGUCAUUGAAGGUCAUUGGGGUUACAUUCGGCACGUUAGCAGCGGAAAAAUUGUUCAUCCUGAUGGCGGCCAGUUGUUUCCAGGCGAUGAUACCAACCUUGUUCUUCACUCAGAUCAUCAUUCUGGCGCACUUUUUGCACUUGAUAACGUUGAUGAUUACAUAAUUCAUAAAGGGGGUAAAUUUGUUCAUCCGGACGGCGGAAGUCCAAAUCCUGGUAAUGACACAGACGUGGUCCUGCACAAAGACAAGCACGAUGCUAUGAAAUUUCAAUUUGUUUCACCACACGACAUCAACAAAGAAGUCUUGAUCUAUGGAAACACAUCGGUGAAUGGUCAUUGGAGAAGAAUCAAUGCAAUCAUAAACCCAAAGGCAGAACAUACACAUACAAUAAGCUACACCGUGGGAAAGUCCAAGACGGAAAGCAGGAGUUCCACUUUUUCCUUUAAAUGGGAGGUCUCCGGUGGCAUUUUAGCCCACACUGCAUUAGGAUCUGUCACAGGCUCAGUGUCAGCUUCGACAGAAUAUAUGAUAAAGAAAGCGUCAUCAAGUACUUGGUCGGAGGAAAAAACCGUUACCAAUACAAUCAUAGUCGAUCCAGGAAAAACUGUAGUGACAUGGCAGUAUGUAUUUGAUGUUGCCCAAUGUGAUCAUAAAGCUAUCUUUCACAGUAACAUUCUGGCUGACACUGAUGACGUAAUGAAUACACCGGGAGAAUUGGAUGGUGUUGCAUAUGACUAA